AUGGACCUAAAACCUUUGCUGGGGAAGUUGGCCACGGGAGGCCGUGCUGCAUUGACCAUCCUCUUCGCCCUAUUAGUGCUGGGGGUGAUGGUGUGGGCCUAUGUUCAGGGCUUCACACUAGCUAACUCAGAAUAUCGCCUUAUUGCCUUUGGUUUCUAUGGCCUCCUCCUGGGGAUCCAUGUCCUGGUACAGAGCCUGUUUGCCUUUGUGGAGCACCGUCGCAUGCGGUCCCGCACAGAGCCUUGCAGCUACACCAAGACCAUCGGACUCACCAUCUCUGCAUACCAGGAGGACCCCGCCUACCUGAAGGAAUGCCUAAACUCUGUACGAGCCCUGCAGUACCCACCUGAGCUUUUGAGGAUCAUUAUGGUGGUGGACGGAAACACUGAGGAAGAUGUUUACAUGAUGCAGAUGUUCAGGGAGGUCUUUGCCGAUCAGAACCCUGCCUUCUAUAAGUGGGACCAUAACUACCACACCUGGGACCCAAGGCGACAGACAGAGGAGCAACAGGGAGAACAGGCAGCAGACCAGUCAGUUGGCCCAGCUUUGGGGGCUGGGGAGGAAGACCCCCAGAGGAUCGAAGUGGAAGAGUUGAUCAGAACCACACGGUGUGUCUGCAUCAUGCAGCAGUGGGGUGGCAAGAGGGAGGUGAUGUACACGGCCUUCAAAGCAUUAGGAGACUCAGUGGACUAUGUGCAGGUGUGUGACUCAGAUACCAAGCUGGACCCGCUGGCUACAGUGGAGCUUUGCAGAGUGCUGGAGAGCAACCCAAAGUAUGGUGCUGUGGGAGGUGAUGUAAAGAUCCUGAACUUGAAGGACUCCUAUGUCAGCUUCAUGAGUAGCCUGAGGUACUGGAUGGCCUUCAAUGUGGAACGAGCCUGCCAGUCCUUUUUCAACUGUGUCUCCUGCAUCAGUGGCCCCCUGGGUCUCUACAGAAAUGACCUCCUUCAGCAGUUCUUGGAAUCCUGGUACAAUCAGAAGUUCCUCGGGACACACUGCACAUUUGGAGAUGACCGUCAUCUCACCAACCGCAUGCUAAGCCUGGGAUAUGCAACCAAGUACACAGCUCGGUCUAAGUGCUCCACGGAGACCCCAGCCCAGUUUCUGAGGUGGCUGAACCAGCAGACGCGCUGGACAAAGUCUUAUUUCCGCGAGUGGCUCUACAACGCCCUGUGGUGGCAUAAGCACAGCCUGUGGAUGCCCUACGAAGCCAUUGUGUCGGGCAUUUUUCCAUUCUUUGUCACGGGCACUGUCAUCAAGCUAUUCUGGGCAGGCUCCCUGUGGAACAUCCUCUGGGUCCUCUGCUGCAUCCAGAUCAUUGGCCUGAUUAAGGCCUUCUACGCCUGCCUCCUCCGCAAGAACUUCAUCAUGAUCUUCAUGUCGCUCUACUCCAUGCUGUACAUGACCAGCCUCCUCCCUGCCAAAUAUUUUGCCAUAAUCACCAUGAACAAGAGCAGCUGGGGCACCUCGGGCAGACGUAAGAUUGUGGGUAACUACAUGCCCCUCUUACCUCUCUCAGUCUGGGCAGCCAUUCUCUUAGCUGGCUUGUGUUACACUAUUUAUCGGGAGACCCGGGAAGAUUGGACUACGCCUGCAAAGAAACUGGAAAUCCAGUUCUUGAUUUACGGCUCCGUUGCCUAUGUCCUUUACUGGCUUUUCAUGAUCAUGCUCUACUGGAUAUGGUUCCGGAAGUUGUGUCGUAAACGGUCAGAAAGUUACAGCGUGAGCGUGUAA